ACUGUGUAACUGUGCUGGGACCUUUGGAAAUUCUAGUGAUGAAAGGCAGGGCCCUCACUUCCUCUUUCUGAGCAGCACAGGGUGUCACCAGACAGGAGCAGUCCUUGCCGGGGAGCCCGAAGCAAACAUGGAUCAGGAAACCGUGGGCAAUAUUGUCCUGUUGGCCAUUGUCACCCUCAUCAGCGUGGUCCAGAACGGGUUCUUUGCCCACAAGGUGGAGCAUGAAAGCAAGACACAGAAUGGGCGGAGCUUCCAGAGGACGGGAACACUUGCCUUUGAACGCGUCUACACUGCCAAGGUCUCCAGCGGGCUUGCAGCCAUGCUGACCCACCUUGACCGUGGCCCAGUGAGACCCAUUUGGACUUCUGACCUCCAGAUGAUUUGUCUUGUUUUAAGCCCCGACGUUUGGGGCUACCUAUUCCAGCAGCCGCAGAAAACGCAUGCAGUCACCCUGCGCGCUCACACGGCUGCGCCAAAACUGUGUGGACGCGUACCCCACGUUCCUUGUCGUGCUCUGGAGCGCGGGGCUGCUCUGCAGCCAAGUUCCCGCCGCCUUUGCUGGACUGAUGUACCUGUUCGUGAGGCAAAAAUACUUCGUCGGCUACCUGGGGGAGAGAACUCAGAGUUCUCUUGAGUAACAGAUUUUCCAGGGACCAGCAGGAAGAAUGUUGCAAAAAUAGGACGCACGAACACUCAGAGGACGGAGCCUGUGAAUAGAGUCCCCGUUGCAUUGCUGAUGGAGGCUGCCAGACGGAAAGCCCCAGAGCAGCAGUUAUAACUUUGGCUACACCCGGUUUGGGAAAUCCGGAUUUCCAUAAAAUAAAUGAGGAUACUUACAGGAGACAUGUUAUAGUCUGCCACCAGUUCCUCAGGAUUCUUGUUCGAAUUUUAUUUAUUUAUUUAUUUUUUGAGAGAAAGACAGAGAGAGAGAGAGUGAGCAGCAGCGGGGCAGAGAGAGAGGGAGAGGGCGAGAGAGAAUCCCAAGCAGGCUCCGCGUGGCCAGCGCAGAGCCCGAUGUGGGGCUUGAACUCGUGAACCGUGAGAUCGUGACCUGAGCUGAAAUCAAGAGUCGGACACUUUGACUGAGCCACCCAGGCGCUCCCACUUCUUUCGAAUUCUUAAUGUACCAGCAGGGCUCCAGGAGCCAGGCGUGUGUUCUGGGAGGCUGCCGCCUGCCCGAGUGGUGACUCCAGCCCUCCCCUCCAUUUUUCUCCCUUGUCUAGUUUCACAUCCCCCCCCCCCCCCCCCCCCGUCUCUUACGAUAGCACCCUCCUCUCGCGGUUAAUGGGCUCUCCGUUUAGUUAACAUCUGCAGCGGUGACAAAGGCAUUGACAUCCCGGGAGGUCGGCAGGUGAAAGCAUUCUGUCUGGGGACCUUGGGAGCCUGUGAAACUAAAUGGCUGGGGGCCGGGGGCUGAUGGCGAGCUGCAGCCAAGAGAAGAAUGACUCGUCUCUCAGAGAUUCUUUCCUGGGCUCGUCUGCUAUUCAUUCCUCUCUAGUGGGGUUCUUAUUUACCCUUGAAAACCACAGUUCCAUUAUCUCUCUUACCCUUAUCAACACUCUCAUAAAUGAUAUUCCUCAUUCUCUUCCACUCUGGAAAGCCUCUAUUCCGCCUUUUCCCGGGAGAGCACCUGUUGUCAAGAAGCGAGGGGUGGUGGGGUGUCUAUCAGUAAAAUAAGGGGGUUCUGCUCUCUUGGGCUGCCUCCCGUGCAUCCCUGUCUUC